UCUGACUUCUCUGCACAAUACUAUCACUUUGUAUGUUUUCACAGUAACAUUUGUCAUAUUCUUAUUGUAUAAUGUAUAUUUAUGUUUAUUUUUUGUAAUAUUUUUUUAUAUCUACCCUUAUUUUACAUUUUACUUUAUUUUACUGUGUUUAUGUUUGCACUAUUAUACACUUAAGUAAAUUCCUUGUAUGUGAAAACCGACUUGGCAAUAAACCAGAUUCUGAUUCAGUGACAUGGAAGCGUUUCUUCCUCAGAGUGAUGCCUCCUGUCGGCCCGUCCUCUCUCCGCAGCUGUAGUUCCUUCACUUCCUGAACACCUCAGCUCCUCCACGAAGUGUUUUCAUCCCGGUGGUCCCGGUGCUUCCUCCGCGGGCUUCUCUAACCUCCGCUCCGGCUUGAUAUCCAUCUGACAGCCCGUCGGCCUCCCGCUUUAACCCGAACAACAACCCGGAGGACGGAGCUCCGGACCGGUUGGGUUUAAAACCGUGAGCCGUAGAGGGGGCUAGCUGUGAGGCUAGCAUAGCGUUAGCCGAGCAGGCAGCGGGGUGAAGGCUCGGUCCGGACCGGACGGCGGGUAGAGGGAAGCGGCAUGGCCGUGGGGAGCUACAGCCUGGCGGCGGGGGAGAAGGCAGCGAGCCAGGGUCAGAGUCAACGUGACGUGAACAAGAGGUUGAAGUACAUCAGCCUGGCGGUGCUGGUGGUCCAGAAUGCAUCGCUCAUCCUCAGCAUCCGAUACGUCCGCACGUUACCGGGCGACCGCUUCUUCGCGACGUCGGCCGUCGUCAUGGCAGAGAUCCUGAAGGUCCUGACGUCUCUGCUCAUCAUCCUCCUGCAGAAGAGAUUCAAUGUGAAGGAGACGGCGUUCUUCUUGGUCGACUCCAUCGUGUUUCAGUACAAAGACACUCUGAAACUGGCCGUUCCCUCCCUCAUCUACACUCUGCAGAACAACCUGCAGUACAUCGCCAUCUCCAACCUGCCAGCUGCCACCUUCCAGGUGACGUACCAGCUGAAGAUCCUCACCACCGCUCUGUUCAGCGUGAUGAUGUUGAGGAAGUCUCUGUCCAGAGUUCAGUGGGUUUCUCUGCUGCUGCUGUUCGCCGGAGUCGCCGUCGUGCAGGUGCAGCAGGAGGGGAAGAAGGAGGCGUCGGUGUCGGACAGCUCCAACCAGAACUACAGCGUUGGUUUGGUCGCUGUGGUGAUCAGCUGCCUGUCGUCGGGGUUCGCCGGCGUGUACUUUGAGAAGAUCCUGAAGGGGAGCUCGGCGUCCGUCUGGGUGAGGAACGUGCAGCUGGGGAUCUUCGGCUCGGCGCUCGGCACGCUGGGACUCUGGUGGAACGACGGCGCCGCCGUGGCCGAGCGCGGCUUCCUGUUCGGCUACACCGACAUGGUGUGGUGCGUCAUCUUCAACCAGGCGUUCGGCGGGCUGCUGGUGGCCGUGGUGGUGAAGUACGCCGACAACAUCCUGAAGGGCUUCGCCACGUCCUUCUCCAUCAUCGUCUCCACGGUAAUGUCCAUCUACCUGUUCGGCUUCCACGUGGACCUGCUCUUCACGGCGGGGGCGGGGCUCGUCAUCGGCGCCGUCUACAUGUACAGCCUCCCAAAAACGGCCGGCGGCUCUUCGUCGCCGAGCUCCUCCUCGUCUUCCUCGGUGUCUGCGGAGUCGUCGAGGACGAACGGAGGCGCCGAGAUGGAGGCGUUUCUGCCAAAGUCAGUGCUGAGCGCAGGGAGACGUCGCAUCUCCUCCCCCUGCCGUACCCAUCCCAGACUAACUGCUCCAGGAGGAGGAGGAGGAGGAGGAGGAGGAAGGAGCUGCAGCGUCUCAGAAUCCCUGACCACCUGUCUGUCUGUCUGUUUCCUGUCUCGCCCUCUCUGCCUUAAAACUCUUUACUUUACUAACUGACGGAAAGAGGAAACGCCUUACGCUGAUUAUUGAUGAAUGUUGUUGAGAAUCUGCAGUUUGAUCGUCUGUUUUCACGGAGCAGCUUUAGGAUUAUUUUCAUUAUCACUUGAUCUCUGAAUCUUUUAUUUUGAUUAACAAGUGGAAAAUAUUAGUUUAUUACUUUCACUGACAUAUUAAUGACAUUUCUGAAAAUACUCCAGAAGGAAUAAAAGUGUAGACGAUUCACUCAACGGAAGAUUCAUCCAGAUACAAACGUUUAGUUUUCUGACCAACAGCAGAACAAAGAAACCAGAGGAUGAAUCAUAAAGACUUUAUUAUUACUUAUUAUCAUCCUCUGAAGAAUGAAACUCUUGAAGAGUCCAAACUGUUUGAAUUGAUGUUGAGCUGCUCAGUGAAAACAUGUCGCAGCUCAAACGUCGUUUCCUGUCUGCGUCCACGUUGAGACGUUUGUGUUCGGUGCCUUUUCUCCUCAUCUGUACAGAAGCCAUACGAUUGUGUCGGUGUAACGUUCGUGUACAGUUGGAACUACGAACUCUGCAGCUUCAUACAGAAACACACGGGAGCGUUUUCUUUAUUCUGGUUUGAGGGACACAAGCGGAGCUGAGAGGGGACUGCUCGUUGAUCGGAGCACCUUUUAUAUCAAUGAAUGAAUCAUAAUAAUGUUUGACCGGCUGCAGGCGUCUUGUUGAAGAAGACGUCCUGCAGAGGCGUCCUGAAUGUUUUUCUGUCGGUGCGAGUCGCGUUCGUCCGUCGAGCUGCUUCCUGUUUACGUUGAUGUUUCACUUUGGGAGGAAAGUCUUUGUUGUUUUUGUCUCCAGAUCACUGCAGGAGGUGAUGAGCAGCCGACAGCCAGAGUCUGUUUGUAAUCUGCCACGUUAGAGGGAGGAAGCACCCCAACAACAUGUAGUCAACAACGUCAUUAAUGUUUCUAAAGCGCAUUAUAACCUGACAUGAUGGGCCCUGAAGGCAGCACCUACAUUAUUACCUGAUCUGCUGAUUAAGGGUUUAGUACGACGCAGUAUUCAGGCCAUUGUAGGUCAAUAUUUAUAUUUAAAUAUAU